CAUCUUUUAUACUUACCUUGAUUUGAACUGUUGUAAUGUAAAUCCACACUUUGUUUACUUUUGCAUUCAAUGUUUAUUCACAGUAAUAUUUUUAAUGAGGAUGAUGAGAGUUUCUCAUCAUACAUAAUUCAACAUGCAGAGGCUGUCAUAAAUGCAUAAUGAAUGUUUGUCUAUUUAGAUAUCUGCUGUCUGUUUAUUUUCAUACUGUAACUGGUUUCUUGGACUAGAACUUUAAAUGUCAGCCUCGAAUGUAUACAGUUUUCGCGAAAUAUGUAAACAUCUCUGUUUAUCUUUCUCAGACAAGCUAGCGUUAAAUUGUUGAUUGUAUUUGAUAAAGAAAUCCUAGAAUUGUCUUACCACAGAGCGAAACCACUUUAUUAAUCAUUUAAUUCCUUUAUUUUGUCAUUGUUUUUAACAGCACUGUGAGUACACCUGUCCUCUUGCAGGCGGCCAUUUUGUUACUAUUUUUAUAUAUUGUAAACACGACGAGCACUCGCAUAGCAACCGUGGAUGCUGUAUUGUAUAUGAUAAAGUUUAAUCUCAACUUUUUAUGAUGUUUCAACUUAUUCCUAGCAGAAAACGUAAAUUUGAGGAAGUCAUGGACAACAGAACACCGAAGAGGAAGAUGUUUUCGUGUGCUCACUGUGGAGGGCCUGGGUCCGGGUGUGUUGGCGAGCGUUAUCGGGUCAUAGACCACGUAAUGAAGCACCAUAUGGCACUUGACCAGACGCCGUACUACUGCAACCUGUGUAUGUUUAGGUGCACUAGUCAAGACCAGCUCAACAGGCACGUGACCAGCUAUAAGAGGCACGCAACCAUGGCGGCUAUGGCUGAGUUUCAAGGUGAUGCGUCUCGCUAUCUUGUGCACAACCCCAAUGCCAAGACCAUUGAGGAGGGCGUCGAUUAUCGUGCGGUACCUGAAGAGCAGGAGCAGUCAGGUCCAUCUAAGCCGACACAGAGCCAAGUGACAGGCACCUCCGAGCAGGGUGGAACGGAAGAGUUGGUCACAGUGAGGUUGUCACCAGCAGUAUUGGCCUCACUCCUGUCAACCAACAACGCCAGCCAGAAGACCCAGACGCAAGCAGUGCCGCCUGCCCUCCAGUAUGAUCCCUCUAGGCCAGGUAUGACAGAGUCGGAGACCAACGCCUUCAUUAGCAGUUUGCUUGACGCGCCAUCAACCUCAACUGGUGCAGGAACUGGUAGGCCUCUACAGCAAACGACGCCAACUGCUGAAACUGGGUCAGCAACUUACAGGCCGACACCCAUAGUGCCAAAGUCACCGCAGCUGCGAAUUCCCGACCUGCCAGUAAAUAGAAGUAGGUCCCACACUCCAGCCCUAUCCAUUCGGUCAGCUUUUUCGCCACUUACGACGCCUGACGUGUUUAGUCGCAGGACUUCCAACGUGGAUGAGAAUAUCAUGCCCCAGUUGCUUGGUGACCCUGCGGAUGAGAACAUGAUAUUCUCCCCCCAACCUGCACCUGCCCAGGUCGUCCAACAGGAACCACCUAGAACGACAGCGACACAGGCGACGCAGACAGAACCAGAGGCAGCUCCAACUCCAAGGGUUGAUUCUUUGGCUCCCCUCAAUGCAGUCCUGGGGCACUUUGAGAAGACAAUGGAGGUAGCCAUGGGAAAGAUGAUCUUUGCGGUCGAGUCGGUGGCACGGGCCACACGCCACGUACAACAAUCUAUUGACACAUUGGGGACCUCAGUUUCACAGGUUUCCAGAGCGGUCGACCGCCUCACUGAUGAGCAGAGACGCUUGGCACGAAGUCGCGAAUCGACAGGGAAUCAGAGCAACAAGCGAGCGAGGGAAGACGAGGACAAAGAGAACGACAGAGCCCUGAAGUCAGUAGUCAGCAAGAAGAACGGUUCAUAUAAAAGAAAUUGA